AUGGAAAAGCCUGUGCUAACUAGGGGAAUGAAAUUUCCCAAUGCUGUUGUGUUUAGAAAAGCACUUAGGGAGUGGCAGGUGCAAGGGGGAUAUGAUCUUGAGUUUGUAAAGAAUGAGAGCUCAAGGGUUACAACAAGAUGCAAAGGAAAAUAUGGGUUUAGGUACAUUAACAAGUUGAGGGAUGAUCCAUGUACAAAGGUUGACUCUUGGAAGAAAGAAAUAAGAAGAAAAUUGGUAGUGAAUGUGAGCAAGUGGCAACUUUACGGAGCAAAAAAGAAGGCUAGAGAUGUCAUUGAUGGGGACAUAACAGAGGAGUAUAACAGGCUUUAUGACUACAUUGAGACUGGGUAUGGACCCAUGAUUGGACCUGAUGGGGCUUUCUUAAAAGGGAUGCAUAAGGGACAACUUUUGAGUGCAGUGGGUAGAGAUGAAAAUGACAACAUGUUCUCUAUAGCCAUUGUUGUGGUAGAGGCAGAAAUAAAAGACUCAUGGAGGUGGUUCUUAGAGCUGUUGAUGGAGGAUAUAGGCAUAGUACAAGAGAAGGGAUGGGGCUUCAUAUCAGAUAGGCAAAAAGGUCUGCUUGAGGUCUUCAAAGAGUUUCUACCAAAUGCAGAGCAUAAGUACUGCAUGAGACACCUCUAUGCUAACUUUAGAAAAUUAUUCAGAGGAAAAGAGUUGAAAGAUGCAAUGUGGAGGGCAGCAUCAACAGGUACAGUUUAG